AUGGACAAUCCUUUCAAUGCAAGGAGCUCUCCCGCGCCAGGUGGCUCGAAUGGGGCCAACACCAACCCAUUAGAGACGCCGAGGUCGCCUUCCAGGUCUACUAGAAGCCUAUCACCUCCCAAACCAGGAGAUCAAUACGGUGCGUUUCCGUCUACUUCGCCUAGGCGCCGAUACAAUGGACGUUCGCUUUUUAGUGACCGCUACAUCCCUAAUAGAACGGGUAUUGAUCUUCAAGCAGCGUUUAGUUUAUCAAACCAAGAGGUUAUGCCUGACCUUCGUGCAUCUCGGGCCUCUGGUGCUGGCAAUAUCCUGUCAGCUACUGCUGAAGAACGUGAUGCAAACGAGAUUGAAAUACGAAAGGAAGAAGAAGCAAACAGGUCGUUCUCGAGUGUGCUCAAAGCUGAGCUUUUCGGUGACCACGUUCCCAUGGCCACAGCUGAUCUUUCUAGAAACCAUGCCAGAUCAUCGCAAGAGAAGAAGAAUGACUCUUCUAGUAACUUGAGGUCUGCUAAUCACGCUUCAACGACCAUGAGUUCCGCUGGCGGAAACAUUCCUUCUGGUCGUACCACUCCUCCAAGAUCAACAGGGGGCCCAGGUGUUGCAUCUACUCCACGCCUGAAUGCUAAUAUGUUCACAUACCAGCUGCCCAGCAAGCUGCGACCAAUCUCUAGAGACUUGCAACAAGAACUUUUCUCGUUGUCUCCAGUCCGCCUGGAGUCUCAGAAGUUUUUGCUCAGUCCUCAAAAGAAACCUAGAAACAUUUCCAAGGUCCCAUAUCGUGUCUUGGAUGCCCCAGAGCUUUCAGACGAUUUCUAUCUUAAUUUAGUUGAUUGGGGUUCGCAGGACGUGCUUGCGGUUGGUCUUGGUGACUCUGUAUAUUUAUGGGAUGGACUGACACAAUCUGUGGAGAGACUUUGUGUGUUGGACCAGAAAGACAAGGUGACAUCUCUCAGCUGGAUAGGGUCUGGAACUCAUUUAGCUGUGGGAACCCUGAAGGGACUUGUGGAGAUCUGGGAUGCUACCAAGACUCGUUGCGUUCGUACAAUGACAGGGCAUAAGCUCCGAGUGAGUGCAUUGGCAUGGAAUGAGCAUAUCUUAUCGAGUGGUUCCAGAGACAGAACAAUUUUGAACAGAGACGUUAGAAUCCAGGAUCACUACGUGAAUUGUUUCGAGCACCACAAGCAAGAGGUGUGUGGGCUUAAAUGGAAUGUCGAAGAGAACAAGCUCGCCAGUGGUGGUAACGACAAUAACCUUUUCAUAUGGGAUGCACUCAACACCAAGCCAUUGCAUCAAUUCACUGAGCAUAAUGCAGCUGUCAAGGCUAUUGCAUGGUCGCCUCACCAGCGAGGUAUCUUGGCAUCUGGCGGUGGUACAGCAGACAAGACGAUCAAGGUAUGGAACACGCUUACAGGCAAUCGAAUCAACAACGUCGAAACAGGUUCCCAGGUAUGCAAUUUGAUCUGGUCAAAGAAUUCCAAUGAGCUUGUUUCGACACACGGGUAUUCGCGGAAUCAGAUAAUCGUAUGGAAGUAUCUGUCAAUGCAACAGAUAGCACAGCUUACCGGACACACAUACAGAGUUCUUUACCUUUCGAUUUCGCCCGAUGGAGAAACCAUUGUCACGGGAGCUGGAGAUGAAACACUUCGGUUUUGGAACGUUUUCGAGAAGAAUCGGAAUAACGAACCCCCCACUUCCGUCCUCCUAGAUGCAUUUCUGCGGUUACGUUAA